AUGGCUUCGAACGAGCUAGCCAGCGAAGAGGGUGUCCCCGGCACGAUAUGGUACCUUUCUCGUCUCGAGCUCUAUCGGAAGCAGAAACCUUUCAUGGUGACUUUCGAUACUUCCACUUUCGAGGGAUCCAAAAAGACAAAUCAUUUGUAUGAAUCGUACCCAACCCGCAUCGUCGAUAUGCGCGCAGAUAUGGGCCAAUACAAGCUCAACUUGCAUGGUUUUGAAGUUUGCCAUUGGGACACCCCCCUUGUCUCGAACGAUUUCGACGAUGAGAAUAUUCUACGGGAAAAGUACUAUCCAGAGAUCGCUUCACAACUUCAGAAGCAUCUUGCUGGGGUAUCGACUGUACACGUAUUUCAACACCUUCGCCGAAAGACACCCAAAGGCUUUAUGGAAGCUCUCGAAAAGGAACCCGACUAUCAUCAACCGAUAAUUUAUGCCCAUGCAGGUAACCCCACCCUUGUCCCCCACACUUCUCUCUCAAACAAAUUCUCCCGAGAUAUCGACCGGAAUCUCAAAGAGCCUCAUUUUCUCAACAUUUCGGGUGCUUAUCACAUUAACGCAAGCUCAGACUUUAGUACCCGUGGCGCCGAAGUGCAAAUCGAAAGCUUUUUUAGGGAAAACGAACACCUAAGAGGGCGCAGGUGGGAGAUCAUCAAUGCUUGGCGUGUGACCAAAGGCCCGAACAAUGAUUGGCCUCUUGCUGUCUGUGACGCUCGGACGGUGAGUCGUGAAGAUGUGGAACAAAAUGAUGUUAUCCACAGAACCCACGUUGGAGAAAGCCUUCGGCUCUAUCACAAUCCCAAACACAAAUGGCAUUUUCUAAGUAGCCAGGAAGUAACCGAAGUUGUACUUUUUCGAAAUGCGAGUUCCAAGGAACUACAACUUCCCGUGGGAUUCCACUCAGCAGUGACAUUAGGCCCCCAGAAAUUCACGGAUCUGCGUGAGAGCAUCGAGAUUCGAAUGCUUUGCAUUUUCUAG